AUGAGUAAUUUACACAUGCAAGUCUUGGAACCUCGUGUAUCACACGUCAAGAAAUAUUACAAUCACUUCUUCAAUCCAAACAUUUGUCACGUCUGCAAAUCGGUGAACAUGGACAAUUCGAUAUCGUGCGAGAAGUGUCGUUUGGUUUUUUAUUGCACCAAAGAACACAAAAAUCUUCACAAAAGCCACCAUAUGGAUAUCUGCAGGAUUAUUGCACAUGUUUCGCAAGUGGAUCAAAAUAGGCGUAGAUUUAGCAACAGGCAAGAAUGGAUACAGUCGAGAAAAGAAUUGUUGGAAUUAAUCAAACACAAUCUUCGCCGGCCGUUGGAGACGUACGAGUUGCAAAUGAUCCUGUGGUCGAAAUCGUGUAUUGCUUGUCACCAACAGGCUGAAUUGCACACUUGCCAGAAGUGCUUCUCCGCUAAUUAUUGCGAUGAUCAUGCAACAGCUUUCGGCGUGAAACAUGACGAAAGAAAGUGCGAACAUCUGACGAUUUUAUUCGAUAUAUAUACCAAAACUAUGACCGUUAAUAAAAAUAAGAUAAAAUACGAAUUUUUUGAACAUAUUACUGAACAGAAUAGUUGUGAUGAUAUGUACAAAUUUUGCACACAAUUUAUAUUGAUGCAAAGAGGAAAUGUGAAUUUGAUUGCUCAGGACUACGUCAAGUCUGAUUAUCUUUCAGGACCACUCACCGUCUAUUCUGGAUUAAAGAGAAUAAAUGUGUUAAGUAUUCUGCAAGGAAAUUCUGUCGUUAUUCAUAUUAUAGCCGCAAAUUCUGUGGACAGAAACGGUCUAGAAGCUUGGGAAAUUUUGUUACAUCUUUUGCCUGAUGUACAAGAAUUAGUGAUCAUUAUGAUAGGUCCAGAAUUAUCGUACGAUAUGAAAACAUGUCAACUUUGUGAACAAUGCAAGAGAAAGAAAACAUUCGACUUUUUUUCUAUUCCUAUGUUGUACCACAAUUACGUAAAAAUGUUUGAGGGUAAGAGAGAUCCCGAUGUGAUUGUAGGAUUUCAUGUCGAAUUAAAUGAAGGGAAUACAUGGUCGGAAUCUUUAAGAGCAAUACAAACUCGUUUCCGUCCGCUAAUUUUGGGCUCUUCGUGCAAGAGAGAAGCUCACAAAGACAUAAAUAAGAUUAAAAAUGUUAUAGGUACAAGUAUAAAUCCUAUUUUUAAUGGAUGUAAUCAUUUCGCUGGUCUUGUACCGCACAUGAAUUUAGAAACUGGCGAUAUAUAUUUCCGCAAUGAACAUUUGAUUAUUUAUGAUAAAUUAUAUUAG